AUGACCGCCACUGUAUUGCCCGGCGAGCACGUCCCUGCUCAACAUGUAAACCUCAAACUGGGGCCUGGGUUACUGCAGCAAACGAGCGCGGACGGCUCGGAAUACAUUAUGUCUACCCGUGCUGGUGCUCUGAAUCAUUCGUCGAAUGGCGCGAAAUGGUGGAUCGACAGCAACUCGCGACGGUAUGUUCCAGCACCUCAGGAAUCGGUUGUAGGUGUGGUGAUCGCGCGAAGCGGCGAAAACUGGCGCGUCGACAUCGGAUCCGCGCAUAUGGCGACGUUGGAUGGCCUUGCGUUUGAGGGUGCUACAAAACGUAACAGGCCGAAUCUUAAGGUCGGAUCCCUUGUAUAUGCUCGCGUGUCACUGGCGCAUAAGGACAUGGAGCCCGAGCUGGAAUGUUUUGAUGCACAGACGCGUAAAGCGGAAGGUUUCGGUGAGCUAAAGGGCGGAUUCCUGGUCAAAUGCAGCUUGAAGAUGGCACGAUUGUUACUGGAUCCGUCACAUUUCCUUCUGCCAUUUCUGGGACAGCGCUUCCCGUUGGAGGUUGCCACAGGCGUGAACGGCAGAGUAUGGAUCAACGCAAAGGACGUGAAGCAGACCAUCGCUGUGUCGCGUUGUAUCGAAGCCGUCGAUCCAGACGGCGGCGGCCUGGAUGCGCCAGGCCUAAAAAAGUUCUUCGAAACCCUCGACGUUUGA